AUGAGGAAAGACGGUUUAAAUAUAUCAAAAGUUGCUUCAGAUCUCAUUCUGGCUUAUAAAUAAUUGACAAGUUAAUAUGCUGAAAUAGUGGUAUCUCCUAAAUAUGAGAAAACUGCAUUGUAUUUUCCUUAAUCACGUAAACUACUUAUUUUAAACUUCUCAGCUAUUGAAGAAUAAAUUGAGGAAGAAAAUCAACAGGACAGUCCUAGAAAACAUGUUAUUGAGAACGAAGAUGAUUAUUUGAAAGAAAUUAGUGAAUUAAGAAAAAUUGUAGAAUAAAGUAAAACUAUUGAAUAAUUAAGUGAGAAUGAAGUAUAUGAACAUACCAGAAAAGUAUUUCUCAUAGCCAUUAGAAUCCACGAAUAAAAACAAUCACUAUUAUACUUCAACUCCGCCUAAAAAAAAUACUAAAAAGCAGAUAGUAAUUUCAAAAUACUAAACCGAUUUCUUAAGGCAAUAAUAUGGGAAAAUAUAAUGA